GAUCUCUGACUAGUUUAUAGUAUAAUCUGUGGUAAUACUUAUGUGUGCUUGUGAUAUUAUUGUUGUUGUUGUCUUAAAUUAUUAAUUAUUGGUUAAUGAUCCGGCUGUGACUAGCUACGUGCUGAAUGUAAAAUGCCACCAAAAAAACGAUUUAUAACCUGUGAAAUAUGUGGAUAUCGAUCCAGUCGUAAGAGUAGUGAGAAAAGGACGUUUAUGGCGAAGUUUCCUUUGGAUGAGGACCGAUGCCGGCAGUGGGUGAAGGUGGUCGGCAAAGAAGAUUUAGUGUAUGUGCCCAUAGAAAAAUUGCAUACACUGAAGUAUGUUUGCGGCAGCCACUUUGAAAACAAUGAUUUUAAUCAAAAACAAACUCGCCUUAAUAGGUCUGCUGUGCCAUCAAAAAACUUAAAAGCUGAUCCACUACCUGAUGAUAUGCUCACUGAAUUUCCUUGUUAUAUAUAUGACAGUGAAUCUUCGCUAUCACAGGUUGAAGGAAUCACUGGAUCUUGUAAUACAGAACCACCUACUUCAUGCUUGGAGUUACUCGACCAUGAUUAUUAUGUGAGAAAGAGAAAAGCCCUUCGUAAAAGAAAAAAAGCGCCUGAGAAAAAAGAGAAAUAUGCAGUAAAAUCUGAUGUCGAUAAUGAUCUCGGAGACGUCCAGAAUGAUUUCGAAGAUGAACAAGCCACCUCCAGCUUAAUUGAGACCCCGGCAUCCUUAGUUUAUAAACGCAAAUACAGCCCUGGAACCCCGAUAUGCAGAGCUUGUCUGACUACGCGUAGGAAAGUCUACAGCAUACAGGAUUCUGAUGUCCUGGAUGCAUAUCAAAGUCUGUCAGGAACGGAGGUCUCUGAAGAUGACCGUCUACCGAACUGGCUCUGCAGCCAUUGCAUUAUUUUACUACGGAAAUGCAAGAGGUUCAUCCAAAGCUGCAAGGAAGCUGUGAAGGAAUUGAGUGAAGCCUUAUCUACUGGCUAUAUAGUGGACGCUCGAAAAUUUGAAAACUGUAGAUACGAGAGAUCAGAAAUAACAAACAUUGAUAUCGUUGAAGCAGAAAAUGUUGAGUUAACAGAAAAACCAGAUGAAGAAGUUGUAUUUAAUGAUGCAGAUGAAAUUGUAAACGAGGAAGUCGUCGAAGAUGUUGAAAACAAAGAUCCGGAUUUGUUAUUAUUUGAUAAAAAAAUUUUUCGCAGCAAUCAGACUCUACGUAUCCUGUCGGAUCCGAUCAAGUUGGAGGAAUUUCAGAAUUUAUAUCAUGUCGAUGCACAUAAGCUUAGCCACGAAGAGAAGAUGCAAGAUGUACUCGACAGAAGGGACAGAACCAAUUACUUGAAUAGCCCUUUUAAAUGUGAUAUGUGUUUUAAAGGAUUUAUGGCUGAGGAUUUUUUGUAUAAUCACAUUCGACGUGCACAUUCGGAAAGCAAUCCAGAGAUGUGUGAGUUUUGUAAGAACAAGUACCGCACGCAGCGUGAACUGGCUCUCCACUAUAUCCAGCAACACACGGUCAAAAUAUCGUGUCGGCUAUGUCCACGGAUAACCCGAACUAUUGUUGAAGCGAAGAAACACUUCAUUGAAUUUCACCAAAGAAAACUCUCAACUACCUGUGAAUACUGCGGACUGGAAUUCUGUUCGACGCCGAAAUAUCUUCAGCACGUCAACGACGUACAUCCGAAUGAACUGAUCUGGUGUAAUAUGUGCGGACAUUUGUUCAUUCGAGAGGUCAGUCUCGAGAAGCACAAGAAAAGACGUCAUCGUAAUCUCCAUCUGUCGGCAUCGUGUCCCCACUGCGAGGUCCAGCUGGUGGACGGCGCGGCGCUGGACAGCCACUUGUUCCCCGGCAUCUGUAGCCGCUACACGUGUGUACACUGCGGGGCCGGACACUCCGACGCCAUGCGACUGCGGAACCAUAUCGUCAAGGCACACAACAAAAGGAACGUCACACGUUUUACUUGUCCAAAGUGUAAUAAGGUGUACAAACAAGGCGCUCAUUUACAAAAUCAUCUCAAGUAUGUACAUUACAAGGUCAACAGGAAGGUCGUCUGCGAGAUCUGCGGCGUUGUAGUCGCUACUAACGCGUCAUUGAAGGUUCAUAUGCGGCACCACACGGGCGAGCGGCCAUACCAGUGCCCCGUCUGUAUGAAGGGAUUCAUGAGCCAAACUAGUAUGAUGCGUCAUCGCAAUACAGUGCAUACGACCCUUCGUCCAUUUGUCUGCGAAAGAUGUCCGAAGGCUUUUAAGAAAAAAGACAGUCUUUUGAGUCAUGAACAGAAAGUUCACGAUAUUCGGACGGCGCCUCCAGGAGAAUUGCCGUCGCUCGGUGUUUUGAUUUGAAGAAGUCUUUAAUCCAAAGAAAGUGAUUUUGCAUCAAACCCCAAGCGAACGCAGGCUUUCGCACCU